ACGUGUUCCCUUUCUUUCUUUUGAUAUAGGUACUAAAUAAAUUGAGACAUAUAUAAUCCCUUUCCAUCCUCCAAAUGACGGAACAGUUGAAGCUGAGGGGCACACUAAAGGGUCACGGCGGUUGGGUGACACAGAUAGCCACUACAGCAGCUGAUCCAGACACCAUUCUCAGUGCUUCUAGAGACAAGACUGUCAUUGUGUGGCGUCUGAAACGUGAUGAUACUAACUAUGGAGUGGCCAAGAAGGCACUGAGGGGCCACAAUCAUUUUGUUUCCGAUGUUGUGAUAUCAUCUGAUGGGCAGUUUGCAUUAUCGGGUAGUUGGGAUGGUACACUUCGUCUGUGGGAACUGGAAACAGGUGCUACGACUCGUAGAUUUGUUGGACAUUCUAAAGAUGUCCUCAGCGUUGCUUUCUCAACAGAUAACAGACAGAUAGUUUCUGGGUCACGUGACAGAACCAUCAAACUAUGGAACACACUGGGCAUCUGCAAGUAUACCAUUCAGGAUGAAUGUCAUACUGAUUGGGUAAGCUGUGUUCGCUUUUCACCCAAUGCACAAAAUCCAGCUAUUGUUUCAUGUGGUUGGGACAAUGUAGUCAAGGUUUGGAACUUGACUAAUUGCAAGCUCAAGACUAAUCAUUUUGGACACUCAGGGUAUUUGAACUGCACCACUGUAUCUCCUGAUGGAAGUUUGUGUGCUUCUGGUGGCAAGGAUGGUAAGGCAAUGCUCUGGGAUCUUAAUGAAGGAAAGCACUUGUACACACUUCUUGCAUCAGAUCCCAUCAAUGCAUUGGCUUUCAGCCCCAACAGGUAUUGGCUUUGUGCAGCUACUGGCCCUAAUGUCAAGAUUUGGGAUCUGGAGAGCAAGUCACUAGUUGACGAGAUUCAUCCAGAGUUUAUUGGGAAUACUUCAGGAAACACUCAGUGUACAUGUUUGGCUUGGAGUGCUGAUGGUCAGACACUUUUUGCUGGCUAUACGGACAAUUUGAUCCGCGUGUACGAUGUGGAGGGCCUUUAAAUUUAAAUUGACUCUGUUUUGUCAUUAUUAUUAUUAUUAAAGAAUAUUAUGUACUAAUAAUUAAUUAACUUCCUCAGAUGCUAAAUUGCUAA